AUGGAUGACGCUGCCGUCCUCAAGCGACGAGGCUACAUCAUGGGGAUAAAUUUGGGAGAGGGCUCCUAUGCGAAAGUCAAAUCCGCUUACUCUGAGCGCCUCAAGUUCAACGUGGCGGUCAAGAUCAUCGACCGCAGGAGAGCCCCAACAGACUUCUUGGAGAGGUUUCUUCCUCGGGAAAUUGAGAUCCUGGCCAUGCUGAACCAUCGCCACAUCAUCAAGACUUACGAGAUCUUCGAGACAUCAGAUGGCAAGGUCUACAUCGUCAUGGAGCUCGCGGUCCAGGGCGACCUCCUUGAGUUCAUCAAAACCCGAGGGGCUCUGACCGAGGAUGAGGCACGCCCCAAGUUCCGCCAGCUUUCCUCAGCCAUCAAGUACUGCCAUGACCUGGACAUCGUCCACCGUGACCUCAAGUGUGAGAACCUCCUCCUUGACAAGGACUUCAACAUCAAGCUGUCAGACUUCGGCUUCUCCAAGCGCUGCCUGCGAGAUGACAAUGCCGAGUUAGCGCUGAGCAGGACCUUCUGUGGUUCAGCAGCAUAUGCGGCCCCCGAGGUGCUGCAGGGCAUCCCCUACCAGCCCAAGGUCUAUGACAUCUGGAGCCUGGGCGUGAUCCUCUACAUCAUGGUGUGUGGCUCCAUGCCCUACGAUGACUCCAACAUCAAGAAGAUGCUGCGCAUCCAGAAGGAGCAUCGCCUCAACUUCCCACGCUCCAAGAACCUGACGGGUGAGUGCAGGGACCUCAUCUACCGAAUGCUCCAGCCGGACGUCAGCAGGCGGCUGAAAAUCGAUGAGGUCCUCAGCCACUCCUGGAUGCACCCCCAGACACGGGUACCGUCCUCCACAGUCAUCAACAGGGAGCAGAGGUCUGUGUCGGUCCCUGCCCUGACCCCGAUCCCAGAAACUGUCUCUGACAGGAAGUCGGCUACCCAGCUGGAGCCUAAGGAGGAGUCGCAGCCCGAGUCCCCGCCCGAGACAAAACCUGAGGAUGAUGCAGUGCAGGGGUCCAGGCAGCCUGAGACGCUGGCCUCCCCCAGCGAGCUGCCACCAGGGGACCCAGAGGAAGCGCCCCCUCCUCAGCCUCCUGAGGGAACACACACGUAG